GGCAGUGUCUCUGGUGGGUAGAAACAAGCCCUUACUUGAAGAGGACUUAUGAAGCAUGGCAUUUUGGGGCGUUCCCCGUUCCAUAUCAAAAACAGACUCUGGAAAUGAAACAAGACCCAGGCUCUGAUAAAGUGGAUUCUUUCCAAGCAUCUGAGACGUUUCAAACAGCUGCAACAAGGAUGAGGAGCCUCCUCCUUCAAACUGAAACAAAACACAGAUCAAAGCCACUUCUCACUGAAAACUAAGCUGAAUGUACUUGUCUGGUGAGCCUAAAGGAUAUAAAUAAUAGCACUGAGAUCUCUUGGAAGAACUGCACCGAGGACUUGAUGUUUGAAGAGGAUCUAGUUUCACAGCUCUUUACCAGGACUGAGAGCACAGAAGAUUUGGGAGAAACUAACAAGGCCAUAACAUACGCUUUGGAGUUUCAGGACCACUUGGAACCCGGCCAAAUGAACAACUGCAAUGAAUGUCCUCUUUCAAGCAACAGCAUCUCAACAAGUCCAAGUUCCCUGGAACACCACUUUGCAAGUCUAAAGCACCAGAUGGCCCAUCAGAAGGCAGAGUACGAAGCUAAAAUUUCAAGCCUGGAGCAACAGAACAAUGAGUUACAGUUAGAGAUUAAGAAUCUGCAUUCAAAACUGGGUCAGCAACGGAAGUGGUUUCGUUUGGUGGAAAUUAAAAUGCGCAAUGCAGAGAGAGCAUAUGAAGAUGCAGAGAGAAGGAAUGAAGCACUUCAGAAAGAAAUGGAAGAGUUUUUUAAUACUUUUGGAGAGCUAACAAAUGAAACGAAGAUACCAGAGCAAAUUACCCAGUGCUUUUAAGCUCUACCUGGCCUUAAUUGCACCUGAAAAUAAACAACCACCUUCUCAUUAUAAUUCAAACACAAAAGGCAAAAAUGCUGGAAGACAUAAUGCUGAUGCAAAUCCCUUUGCUUUUUAGUAUACAAAGUCUUGCACAUUUAAAUGUUGGCCAAAAUCCUAUUGCACAACUAUGUGCACACAUCUUGAGGUUGUGUCUGUGGUAUCUGCAUGAGUACCAAGGCAGAAGUGCAAUCCCCAAAACUCUUAUCCUAGUGCAUGUGCUAUCAGUCAUCCCAGCGAAGUGCAAGUGAUUACAAAGGUGCAGAGUGAAAUUCAUUGUUUACACUGGCAAAGUGUAUCUGAUGUGAACAUGAAAAGGAUACUGGCCAUUAUAUUGUAGAAAACAAAUGCUAAAUAUAGGUUGUAUAUUAAUUGGGAUUGUUUAUUGUAAAGAAGUGAUUUAUAAUACCAGCAGUAGUACUGUAUUGUAUAAUAAAGAGAAAAGAUAUUGAUACAAGAGGAAGAACAAGAAUGAAGUAGGUUCUAGAAAAAUGUAGAACUGGCAAGAGCUGUAUAUUUAAGGUUGUAAACCAACAGGUAAUAUAAAGCUGGAACAGGUCCCACUACAGAAGAAAAAAAGGAAGAUGAAAUAUUGAAAAUCACACUGAAGGGGGGAAUCUAUUUCUAGCUGUUUGUGAUACAUCCAAGUAUUAGAUGAGGUACCAAAACAGUGUAAGACACUUAAGUGUUUAUUUCAAACCCCAAAUAUAAAGGGGUUGGACAGCUGAUCAUGCAGCUUCAUGGUGGAAGUCUGUGCCCUAAUGGGCCCCGGCUACUAAUCAGAACCACAACAGAGGAAUCAUUUAGCUGCCCAUAGUGCAUCAACUGGGAUAGUGGAAUGGUUUACCAUCAUAAUAGGUCAAUUUUACACCAAGAAUCACCUAUGGAAAAACCAGGUAGUUUCCACAGCACAAUGUAUUAACACAGUAUGGUACCUUUCCAAAAAUUUAUUUUAUAGAAUCCAAUCAUGAAAUCCACUGGAUCCUCUGCAUCUUGAAAAAAGUAUUGGGAGAUGUUAAAAUUCAUGACAUUAAGGGUCAAUUCACAGAGUCAUUACAAAAGUCUCUAAAGUCUAUCCUGUGUCUUAAGUGUAUUAGCAUACAGUGGUGCAUCGCAUAGCGACUUUAAUCGGUGCAGCAAAAAUCGCUGCUAAGUUAU